AUGGACAUAAACGUGUGUGAAACAUUUAAUGAUAUUGAUAACCUUUUUAUCAACUAUGAGGAAGAAUUUAAGAAUGAAAAUGGAUCAUAUAAUAAGUAUUGCCCUGGAAAAGGGGGAUCUAAAAAAUGUGAAACUAAUUAUGAAAAACUGGGCGCUAUUUUUGGAUAUGCAUAUGUGGAGUUAAUUCAAAAUAAUCAGGUGGAUCUAGAUAAUGAAGAUGACCCAAGUGCUGAUUUUUUGGUCAUGUCAUUGUCUAAUAUAUUAUAUAAAUUAUCAAAAAAUGAUACUUUAUCUCUAAAAGAUGCAUUUGAUAUAUAUUUAAAGAGUCAAGGAAGUUUUAAUUAUUGGAGCAUCUUACGUAAUAAAAAGUAUUUUAAUGAUUCUAACAUCGGUAUUAUGAAUGGAUUUUAUUUUUUAUUUCAGCAAAUUUGUGAAACAAUUAAUAGAUAUAACGAUCCUACAGCACAAAAACACGAACACGAAAGCGAUAUUGCCCAAUUCUAUAUGAUUUAUAACACACUUUAUAAUUUUGUUAAACAAUGUGAUCCGUAUCUUCAAUUAUUUAAUCAUUUAAAAAGAAUAUAUGAUGACCUUAUAGGUGAUGUUAUUAAAUUCCAUGACAAUGACCAAGAAUUGCUUAAUGCUUUUAAACAAAUUUCAUCGAUAUAUACAACCAAUCUUGUAUCUCAAUUCAAUAGUAAAGGAUGCAAAAAAGUGCAUAAAAAGAUAAAACAAAAUAUGUCCAAGAUUAAAGAAAAGUCACAAGAGGACCAAGAGGAAGAAGAGGAAGACGAAGAACAAGGCGGAUUUGAUGAUUUAGUCGACUUAUUAGGUUCUGAUAAUGAAGAUAAUGAUGGCGAAAACGGAGAUGAUGGUGAUGACGAUGAUGAAUUAGAAGAUAAUGGUGAUACCACAGAAAAUUCAUUGGAUCAAAUACAAAAUAACCAGGAUGGAACACCAUCAGUACCAGGAUCACAACAAUCUGGAAACCUAACACCUGUACAACCACAACAAGAGCCGCAAGGACAACAAACACAAAACCCAGCAGAAUCAGCAUCACAUCAGCAACUUGGACAGCCACCAACAGGCACACAAUCACCAUCAGGUAUAACUUCAUCGACGAAUGUAUCCACACCAACGACCACACCAACUACAGACACUAUAACAACACCUGGAACAAAUACAGCAUCGCCAACAGAUCAGCAAUCAACAGAUCAACAAUCAACAGAUCAACAAUCAACAGGUCAACAAUCAACAGGUCAACAAUCAACACCAGAACCACUUCCAUCACAGCCAGAACCUCCAAACCCACCAACAGAUAAUAAUAAGAAAACAUCAUCACCGUCUGCAUCAGAACCAACGUUAGGAAAUAACCAAGAAGAUUCUGGUAAAUCACCAAAAGACCCAUCAAAUGGACAAGAAGAUUCAGAAAACGCCAAAAAACUACUGAAAAUUUUAAUUGAUGGUCAAAAUACGAUUGAAAACUAUCGUUCCACUUUUUAUAAUGUAUACACUAAAUUUAAAAAAAGAGUAAAUGAAAGUAUAACAUCAGCUAUAGAAAAAGCUCAUACUAAUUCUUUAUAUAUUGGUAAUAAAAUUAAUGGCGCUAUUAAACAGUUAAGUGAACAACUUCAAAAGGUCUCAACGCCUGCAAAAGAACCAAAUUUGCCACCAGAUCAUAAAAAAACUGAACAUAAAACCCCCUCUUCAUCAUCACCAGAUCCACAAACAAGUCCACAACCACCAAAUUCACUGUCAACAAAUAUCCCAUUAAACGGUCAAAAGGACGUAUCCACACAUUCUAACAAUUUGAUGACAAAUUUAGUACCUGAUGCAGGAAUAAAAGAAAGUACACCGAAAGUAAUACUUCUAGGAAAUAUAUUUAAAGGAGGGGUACCAACUUACAUUAAAGCUAUAGUUAUUUUAAUACCCGUUAUUUUAGGGAUUACGUACAAGUAUUUAUCAUCUGGAUGGAGAAAGGAAAUAAAGAGAAAAAAAAACAUGAAAAGGGUUAUAAAUUCAAUUGGAGGAAAAAGACCGGUGCAAAUAAUUAUAAAUGCAUCUAUUCAAGAAAACCAGCCUAAAAAAUCCAUAAAUUCUGUUCAUAGGAAAAAACCUCCAUUAUUAAAUAUAUACAAACUUAUGCAGGCUGAUCCUAUACCAUUUAUUAAUUUAUUUUUUUUGUUAACUUUUUUUGUUUAUAAAAGAAAACGCGAUUAUUUGGAAUUAUAA